CACGUGAUGAGACUUUGCUGGGGAAGCGGAGCAGGUCACAUGGAGAUCAUGGGAAGCCCUGCAGGGAAAGGAAAUGGCACCAAGCAGUGGUCCAAGGCAGCGAUAAGCCUGGGACAUCCUGGAUCUGAAAGAAGGCCCUGGAGUUCACUGUCUUAGAAAUGGUGACUGCUUAGAAAACUGCACAGCCCACAAACAGCUGAUGAAAUUAGCGAACAAGCAAAUCAACUAUGUCUUACACUCCAGGAAUUGGUGGUGACCCUGCCCAGCUGGCCCAGCUUAUCUCUUCCAACAUCCAGAAGAUCACACAAUGUUCUGCAGAAAUACAGAGGACUCUGAAUCAACUUGGAACACCUCAAGAUUCACCUGAAUUGAGGCAGCAGCUGCAACAGAAGCAGCAAUAUACGAACCAACUUGCCAAAGAAACAGAUAAGUACAUUAAAGAGUUUGGAUCUCUGCCCACCACCCCCAGUGACCAGCGUCAAAGGAAAAUACAGAAGGAUCGCUUAGUGGCGGAAUUCACCACAUCACUGACAAACUUUCAGAAGGCGCAGAGACAGGCUGCUGAGAGAGAGAAAGAGUUUGUCGCUCGAGUAAGAGCCAGUUCCAGAGUGUCUGGUGGUUUUCCUGAGGAGAGCUCAAAAGAAAGGAAUCUUGUGUCCUGGGAAAGCCAAACUCAGCCUCAGGUGCAGGUGCAGGAUGAAGAAAUUACAGAGGAUGACCUCCGCCUUAUUCAGGAGAGAGAGUCUUCUAUUAGGCAACUCGAAGCUGAUAUUAUGGAUAUUAAUGAAAUAUUUAAAGAUUUGGGAAUGAUGAUUCAUGAGCAAGGAGAUGUAAUAGAUAGCAUAGAAGCCAAUGUGGAAAAUGCUGAGGUGCACGUCCAGCAAGCAAACCAGCAGCUGUCAAGGGCGGCAGACUAUCAGUCAGGAAAACAACCACCUGAUGAUGUAAGCAUAAAGUGUUUCAAUGUGGGGAGUCAGAAGCUUCCACCGAGCGUCAGAAGGGCAGGCGAGGGAAGGUGCAUCUGCAGUACCACCCUGGGCGGAUCUCAGGAGCUGGCCCAGGAGGCCGUGAGAAUCUGGAAGCAUCCAGGAAGCUCCCGUCACCUCAGCCUGCAGCACCGACGCAGUGAGUCUCAAGGAACUGUCACCAGCUGUCUAGGCUGUUGACAGCACCAAAGCAGGUGACCUGUGAGAGAUCUUGGAAGCUGCUGCGAUGCCCGUGUCUGCGGGCCUGUGCACACUUCUGCCUGGAUGGCCUCCAAGGGCGGGUGGCCUCUCCCUUCUCUGCCUCCUCCAUCCCCUGGAAAUGCUUCUCUUUGGGCCACACUGACUUAGAACUAGAAAGCAAAGGAGGUUCUGGAAAGUGUAGUUUCUGGCUCCCCUGCAGUGCAAAGAACACUACAGAAGGAGGGGACAGUGAUGUUGAGGUGACAGCAGACAGCCCAUCACAAUGGUGAAACGCUGAUAGAUGGAAAGGGCACAAACAAGGUGAAGCAGAAAGCCUCACAGAAUUCUCUUCCAUUAGGGGUUCUUUGGUGGGGAAAAAAAAUAACACUGAUUUUAAAUGGUAAACAAGCCCAUUUUCCCAACCAGAACAAAGUCUCUGUAUUAUAUAUACUCUGGGACCCCAGCACCUAGCUGUUUCCUUCCUCUGUCCUUCCCUAGUUGCCCAAUAAAUAUUUGUGUACUUAAUUUGGCAUUUAUUUUGUGCCAGGCUGCCACAUGCCCGGGCACAGAGGAUAUUAGAGUGAACCAAAAGAAUGUGGUCCCUGCCCUCAAGGAGCUUACAUUUUGGUAUUAAGCAUGUAAAAAACACUUGAUGUUAGGAGGAAAAUGGUGGGUGGGAGAGGAAGGAGGUAAGGGAAAAACUGAAUGAGGAUGAAUCCACCUACACCUGGGGACUGCUCAUUCUUAAGGACUGGCUUCCUGUUUAUCCUAUUACCUCAUUACCAAGUAAGUGAAUUUCAUUCUCUUUUCUCAGUUAACAGACUACUAGAAAAGUGAUAGUUUUCUAAAAAGUAGCUACUAAUUUGAAAGUUGAUCUGUAUGUAUUGUCUCCAGGAAACAACUUUCCAUCUUUUGGUGGCAGCAUCUGGAUUCAGAGCUAGGGCGUCCUGAUAGGACUGACAUUUAUAGGAAUUUUGCAAAAUUAUUACUCCCAAUAGAGGGAAGAGCACUGGAAAGAGGAAAGAGCUAAGGGAAUUUUGGAAUCCAUGUUUCUUCAGAAUGUUCUCAAAGCCAAUGCAUUAUGCAUGUUCCUAGUAAAAUGUCCCUUAAAACAUUUUUAAUUUAACCCUGCCCUAUCCCUUGGCAAUUUUUAUUUUUUUUCCUGUGGUAUCAAAAUGGAAUAAAGAACACCCUCAAUGGC